CAUAGGAUCCACAGAGAGGAUUGGAGCAGGGUGCUCAGGGAGAAGGAAGAAAAAGAGCAAAGGGAGAGAGGAAUUAGAGGAGACGCAAUAUUUGGGAUGAAGGAAGAUGGAUAAAAGGGCUGAAUAGGAGGGAAGAGUUAAAGUGAAUGAGAAAUAUAAGAGCUGAUGAAGAAGAGAUGCUUGUACUUUAGAUUUUAUCUAGAGAACCAGUUUGGAUGCCCUUAGCAAAUGACCAGACUAGAAUCUGUGUGAGAGUGGUGGGAAGGAGGAGCAAUAGUCUGAGUUUCUGGAAACUUGAAUGAACUGGAAUUCAAAAGGUUUCAUCAAGAUGUUGAGGGAAUUCAUUCUCUCCCUUUCAUGAGACAUUAACAAUACUAUUUAACUUUUAAGAUUCUUUAUAAUUUUCCUAGUUUUACAAUUCCCAGAAAGUAUAUUAGUAUAUGUAUCUGCAUAAUUACAAAGAGAGAGGGAAAGAGAAGGAAAAAGAGACAGACAGAAACAGGGAGAGACAAAGAAAAAAACUUGAUAAUCUCUUGAACUAAUGGAAAUUGAAAUUCUUUCAGCUCAAAUUCUAAACUAAAUGCAUUUUAAUACAGAAAUGAUUUUUAAGCUUUUUUUGGGGGGGAUGUCUUCUAUAUGAGAUUCUCCAUCAAAUGGGUGAUUAAUUCCAGUGAAGAAAAACAUUUUAUUGUCUUUCAGGUUUACUGAACUCCCACCAAGAUGUCCUGCCAGCAAAGCCAGCAGCAGUGCCAGGCCCCUAAGUGUCCCUCUAAGUGUCCUCCCAAGUGUCAGACACCAAAGUGCCCACCCAAGUGUCCACCCAAGUGUCCUCCCAAGUGCCCUCCCCAGGCUCCAUGCCCUCCUCCAGUGUCUUCCUGCUGUGGCUCUAGCUCUGGAGGAUGCUGCAGCUCUGGGGGAUGCUGUGGGUCCAGCUCUGGGGGAUGCUGCAGCUCUGGCUCUGGGGGUGGCUGCUGCCUCUUUUCCCAUCACAGGAGAUCCCACAGACGUAGACACCAGAGGUCUGACUGCUGUGACAGUGGCAGUGGGCGCAGCCAGCAGUCUGGAGGCUGCUGUGGAAGCUCUGGAGGUUGCUGUGGGAGCUCUGGAGGCUGCUGUUAAUCUGGUACCCUGACCCAAGAAGAACUGAAGACUCAACUAAUUGCUUCCAUUCCCGUUUCUCCUCCCUUAGCCUUCUAUCCAUGGUUUUGAACUGUUCAGAUAUUCUUAGGUGAUGGAGACACUUAAAAUCUAUCACUUCACUUUAUCUCAACUCCCCACUUCCACCUCCAUUCCAAUGCAGACCAUUCUUUUUUUCCUCAUUUAUCCUAAGCAACAAUAAAGUUUAUUUUUAUGGACAAA